ACUCAUAAAUAUAGCAUACAACAACUAACUACAUGCCACAAAUAUCCAAAAACUAAAAAAGUGAAUAUUGAAAACAAAAAAAAAAAAUUCUCAAAGAUAUUGAAAAUACUAACCUACACUGAGUGCAUUAUAAACACCCACCAUUGGUGGCUCCGUAGCCCAUUUGCAAUAACUAAAACUGAGUGCUGUCCAUUGUAAUUGUGAGCUUGUACGCCGGUGAAAAAGUGAAUGAAAGCCUUUUGGGGCGCCCAGUGCGAAAAAUACGUAAAGUGAAUUGUAGCAAAGGUGAAUUAUUACACAUGACACACAUGUGCAACGGGUAAACGAAAAAAUACAAUUUGCAGAAAAAGUCAUCCAGUGCGUUCGACGCGUGAAAGUUUUGUGAUUUUUCAGCGAGCGUGAAAAUCGUGAUAAUAAUUCAGCACACGUCGAAUGAUAUUACAGUUUUUCCCGUUGAAAAUGUGCGCUUUAAUUGCAUUACCAAGUCAGUGAGUUCAUAAGUACAAACACGCAGCAACACCGGAGGGAGCAAAAACUGUACCGUUGGCCAACAAACAGACACACGCACGCACGCAUACCAACACAUUUCCAAUCCACUCCAAAAGCAUAAUCUCCAAGUGGAACACAGUGUUGUGAAAUAUUUCGUUUAGCCUUUCAACAUCCCACCCCAGUGGCGACAGUGUGUGUGUGACCUUGUUGUACCCAUAAGUAAAUAGAACACACACACGCCUAUCACACAAACUCUUCAUACGCACUUCUCCUCCACACUCUCCCAUCCACGCCACAAACGCCGUGAAAUGCCGUUGAGAAAAAUGUCCGCGGCUGCAGGUACAACUGUCGCCGCGCUUGCUGCCAUUGCCGCGACAACAACAACCGCAGCAACAGUCACCACCUUCGCCACAGCAGCAGCCGCAGCAGCGACGGGCAGCAGCAGCAAUCACAGCAAUGUCGCCAAUAUAAUGGGUGUGGGCAGCGACGCCGCGGCGAGUGGGACUGCGAGCGCCGAUCACUUGCCGCCUCAGUUGACCACUGCCAAAGUGGAUCUGGAUAUUGAAAUCGACAUACAACUGCUGACGAAUGGCUACGACGGCACAACGCUGACUUCAUACUUCAAUGACACGUCGUGGAUAAAUCCGUCUGAGGCCGAUACGAUAGUGGGUGAGGAACCUGAUGCGGUGUCUCUUGUGUCAAUUUUAGUUGUUGGCAUCUUCCUGUCAGUGCUGAUUUUCCUAUCGGUCGCCGGCAAUAUACUCGUCUGCCUCGCCAUUUAUACGGAACGCAGUUUGCGGCGCAUUGGGAAUUUAUUUCUGGCGUCAUUAGCGAUAGCGGAUUUAUUCGUCGCAUCCCUGGUGAUGACAUUCGCCGGCGUCAAUGAUCUGCUGGGUUAUUGGAUUUUCGGCGCGCAAUUUUGUGAUACUUGGGUCGCCUUCGAUGUUAUGUGCUCGACGGCGUCCAUUUUAAAUUUAUGCGCCAUCUCAAUGGACCGUUAUAUACACAUAAAGGAUCCACUCAGAUAUGGUCGUUGGGUGACACGUCGUGUCGCAGUCAUUACAAUUGCUGCCAUUUGGCUGCUGGCCGCAUUUGUCUCAUUUGUGCCAAUCUCGUUGGGUCUGCAUCGACCGGAGCAACCGUUAAUCGUAGAAGACAAUGGAAAACGGUAUCCCACAUGUGCGCUGGACCUGACGCCUACCUAUGCGGUCGUCUCCAGUUGUAUCAGUUUCUACUUUCCAUGCCUAGUCAUGAUUGGCAUCUACUGUAGACUCUACUGCUAUGCCCAGAAGCAUGUAAAGUCCAUUAAGGCGGUGACAAGACCAGGAGAGGUGGCCGAAAAGCAACGCUACAAGAGUAUACGACGCAACAAAAACCAACCGAAAAAGUUCAAAGUGCGCAAUCUGCAUCACAGUUCGCCCUAUCACGUGUCCGAUCACAAGGCUGCCGUCACGGUGGGCGUCAUAAUGGGUGUCUUCCUCAUCUGUUGGGUGCCAUUUUUUUGUGUCAAUAUUGUGGCCGCCUUUUGUAAGACCUGCAUCGGCGGCCAGACCUUUAAAAUACUGUCGUGGCUGGGCUACUCCAACUCGGCCUUCAAUCCCAUCAUUUACUCAAUAUUCAACAAGGAAUUUCGCGAUGCAUUCAAGCGCAUACUUACCACACGAAAUCCGUGGUGUUGCCGACAGGAGGUUGGCAAUAUACAUCCGCGCAAUAGUGAUCGCUUCGUUACCGAUUAUGCGGCAAAAAACGUGGUUAUGAUGAAUUCGGCACGCUCGUCGGCCGAACUGGAGCAAGUAUCUGCGAUUUGACCAAAACGCACCGCUUCGACGUUGGUGUGCUGCAUGUCCAGUUCGGAUGCUGCAUCGCUGACGACGACAUAUAUUCCGUGAGAUUCGGUGACGGUGGCAACCACGACCAUCGUGGAGGCUUUACCGGUUGUGACGGAAAUGGAAACGGAAUUAGUUUAAAAUUGCUGAAUUACGAAGAGGAUGUAACGACGUUGAAAUGUUCGCGGCGCAAGCGGAGUUUAUCGAAAUGUUGGUGGAAAGUAAUCGUGAGAGGUAAUCGUGUUGAAAGUGAAUUUUAUGCGCUGCUACUGAGGGCAAAAGCGUUUGUGAAGGUGAGUGACCGACCGACUUACAGACCAUUUAAUAGCAACAGGAGUAAAACAGGGUGAGCAAUAUAGAGCUAAAGAGACUUUUGUAAACAUAAUGGACCGUAUCUGUAUGUAUGUAUGUAUAUUUGUAUGUAUGCGUGUUGUGAAUACUAAUAUUUAGAAUAAUAUAAUAUUAGUUAUGUAAGUGAUUUUGCUGUGUGUUUAGACUAAGGAAUGAACGAGUUCGAGGAGCGGAAUUUAUGAGCGAAAUGAGAUUGUUGAGCUAAAGAUUCACUCUACUCAAACGAGUAAAAUACAUAACUCGCGAAUUAUUAGUAAUUAAGACAGAAAAUAUGUGGCUGUUUCUGGACUGAAGCAUCCAAAAUAUAUAUUUAUUUGGCAGUUAUUUGU